UGGGGUCUGAGGUGGCUCUGGCCGAGUUGCACUCUCUCCCUUUCACUCUCUGCGCACGUGUGCUUGGAUCUUUGGACUGAGGAGGAGGAUGAAGGCCCGUGCUCCCCCGCCUCCUGGAAAGCCUGCCACUCCGAACGGGGACAGUGAGCAGAAGCCUCCCCAAGAUGUGGCCCUCACCCUGCAGCAGAACCUGAUCCACAUGAAGGAAGCGCUGAGGGACAGCACCGUGGACGUCACUGUGGUCCUGCCCAGUGGGCUGGAGAAGAGGAGUGUGCUCAACGGGAGCCAUGCAAUGAUGGACCUACUUGUUGAUCUUUGCCUUCAAAAUCACCUGAAUCCAUCUCACCAUGCCCUUGAGAUCCGGUCUUCGGAAACCCAACAGCCUUUGAGUUUUAAGCCAAAUACUUUGGUUGGGACACUCAAUGUGCAUACUGUGUUUCUGAAAGAAAAAGUUCCUGAAGAGAAGGUUAAACCUGGCCCACCUAAAAUGCCUGAGAAAUCUGUGCGUUUGGUAGUGAACUACCUGCGGACACAAAAAGCUGUUGUGCGCGUGAGCCCUGAUGUACCUCUCCAGAAUAUUCUCCCCGUCAUUUGUGCAAAGUGUGAGGUCGGCCCGGAGCACGUGGUUCUCCUGAGGGACAACAUUGCCGGGGAGGAGCUGGAGCUGUCCAAGUCCCUGAGCGAGCUCGGGAUAAAGGAACUCUACGCCUGGGACAACAGGAGAGACACUUUCAGAAAAUCAUCACUUGGCAAUGAUGAGACGGAUAAAGAGAAGAAAAAAUUUCUGGGAUUUUUCAAAGUGAAUAAAAGAAGCACUAGUAAGCAGGGCUGUUUAACGACACCCAACUCCCCGGCCCUGCACUCCCGCUCCAUUACGCUGGGUCCGUCCCUGUCGCUGGGCAGCAUCUCGGGGGUGUCUGUGAAGUCGGAGAUGAAGAAACGCCGAGCCCCUCCUCCUCCGAGUCCAGGGCCACCUGUGCAAGACAAGGCACCAGAAAAGGUAUCCCUGGGGUCACAGGUCGAUUUACAGAAGAAGAAGCGGCGGGCGCCAGCUCCCCCUCCGCCACAGCCACCUCCGCCAAGUCCCGUGGUCCCCACCCGCACGGAGGACAAGGAGGAGAACAGGAAGAGCACAAUGGUGAGCCUGCCCCUGGGGCCCGGCAGUCCCUGCAGCCUGGACGGAGCCCCGCAGGUACUGUCCGAGGCUGAGGAGACAGUGUCUGUCGGCAGCUGUUUCGCGUCAGAAGACACAACCGAGGACUCGGGGGUGAUGAGCUCCCCCUCCGACAUCGUGUCUCUGGAUUCGCAGCACGACAGUGUGAAGUCCAAAGACAAGUGGGCCACCGACCAGGAGGACUGCAGUGACCAGGACCUCGCUGGAACCCCGGAACUGGGUCCCCAAAAGAGCCCCUCCUGGGAGAGGAAUGGCUGCGGGAACUCACAUCUGAGAACUGAAAAGACUGCCAGAGCCUCAAAGGAUGAUGAAGACCUAUUCAUCACUGGACAGUUCCACGAAGCCCUGGCGGGACUGGACGAAGACCUGGAAGACAUGGAAGAGAGCUACGAAACAGACACUAGCUCUCUCACCAGCUCCGCACCUGGCGCAUCCAGCCACUGCACGCCAGAUGCCGUGAUCCCCAAGAGCGAUGCGGACGCCAUCCCAGUGACGUUCAUAGGGGAAGUUUCAGAUGAUCCUGUGGAUUUGGGGUCGUUUUCCAACAGAAACAACAAUGCUGGUUCUUUUGACAUGGAGGACGUUGCCAGCGGGAGAGCCUUCCUGGCGCCACUUCAGGCUGAGCGCAGCGAGCGCCAUGGAACGACAAGGGAGGAAGCACCUGUCCGGCACCCUCCUGCCCGUGACGUCGGGAGAGCAGUCCAUUCGGCCUCAUCCAACACCCAUAAAGUUGGGGAUUCAAUUGCAGUGGGUCCCAAGGUGACUUAUUUUGCUUCAAAUCUUCACGCAGAUGACCCACGUGCCAAGGAGAAAGGCGAGACACGCGACUGUGCUGACAGGGAGAAGACCCGGGCGGUGGAGAAGGCCGGUGCCGGGCCAGUGAAUGAGAAGGAGGGCGGGGACAGAGACGCUGCCUCGGCACUACCGGCAUGGCAUCAGCGAGGCCAGAGCCCAGCGGGGAGUUACGGCCUUAAGUACGGCCUCACGACAUAUAAAAUUGUUCCUCCAAAGUCAGAGAUGAGGUGUUAUGACAGAAACGUGUCCCUCUCCACGGGCGCCAUCAAGAUUGAUGAGCUGGGGAACCUGGUGAGUCCCCACGCCAGCAGCAGCAGGACCAGAGCCCUGCCACCAUCCCUUCUUGAAGAAGAAAUUCAGCCCAUUGGAAAAGUCAGAGAGUUCUGGAGAUGCAGCUCUAUGGAAAGACACCCAGCCAGCAGCGCCCCCUCCCCGGCCGUGCCAGCCAAGGCGCAGCGUCCAGGGAGUGGACUCCAAGCCGAGCCCAGACUGACGUCACCCCCGCCACAGCCUGCCGACCAAGAGGACAGAAGUCUCCUAGAAGAGGGGAGAAGCCGGCCACCCGUGGCAGUCACUUGUCACGUGAAAGCGCCAGCGGCGCAUGCCACAGAAGUCUCAUUUCUCAAGCCUCAUAGAAGGACGUCCAGCCAGUAUGUGGCCUCUGCCAUUGCCAAGAGGAUAGGACCCCCGAAAGUCCACACCAGCAUGGCGGGGCAGCACGGUCAUGCUGGGAAGGGUUAUAUGGGCCAAACGCCAGCACUGACCAGACAGCCUCUCCCCGUGGAAGACGGUGCGGCCCCCAGCCUAUGCUCAGAGACACACAGACAUGCAGACGGUGCACAGCGGCCCUGCGUCACCCUUCCCAGCAGCCAUGGGGAGGAAUCGGCAGUGGAAGCCCGUCCUAGAGGGGAAGUCAGUGGCCCAUGUGGGAAGUUGUCUACUCAGGACUGUCCUGCUGGUGUCCACAAAAGCUCCAAUUUCCUACUAGUCCAGUCUUCCCAGAGGGAUCAUGUUUCUGUGGGACAAAGCUGUGGUUUCCGUGGAAAGCACAGCACAAAGAACCAGGGGCCCAGCUCAGCAUCUGACCCGAGAUGCACCCUGGACAGGACAGACCCGCCCCCUCUGCACUUAGCAGACGCUCGGAGCCCUGGCGGGGCGCUGGUGAAUGGCUCCACGUGGGCCCCGGCUGGUAGCAAUCCUCCACACGCUCCAGGAGGGUCCGGCCCGAGCAGCUGUGUUAUCCUAGAGAGAGGGGAAAAGCCCAGUUGGUCCUCUACAGAUGUACAUGAAACAGACGGCACUUUGCCAUCCAGCAUUUUUGGGCCAAAGAAAAAAUUCAGACCUGUCGUCCAGAGGCCAGUCCCAAAGGACACGUCCCUGCACAGCGCCCUGAUGGAAGCCAUCCACUCCGCGGGAGGGAAGGACAAGCUUCGCAAGACUGCAGACCACACCUUGGAGGGAGGGCCAAAGAAACCGUCCUUCACGGAAACAGAGAGUGAGCGGUCCGCACUGCUCGCGGCCAUCCGCGGCCACAGCGGGGCCUGCAGCCUGAAGAAGGUGUCAUCCUUCGCCUCUGAGGAGCUCCAGAGUUCCCGAAAUGCCAUGCUGUCUGCAUGGGGUUCGGAAGAUCCUCAGCAGCAAGACCUUGGCCUUUCGCCCCCACCAGCCGUGCCGCCCCCACCCCCACCGACCUCCCAGGCUCUCUCCACAUCAAGGAUGGCUUCCAAGCUCAGCAUGGGCACCCUCGGCGACCCGGUGGACGCGAGGCAAGCCUUGAUGGAUGCCAUCCGCUCUGGCACAGGAGCCGCGAGAUUGAGAAAGGUGCCCUUGCUCGUGUGAAUCAGCAGAGGUCCGAGAACUGCAGAAACCCACCUGCGAGACGCCCGCAACAUCACUCGAGGAUUCCACGUGGCCAGGAACAUCGCAUCUGGUGUUUCUUUCUUGUCUGCAGGCCAAAACACGUGCAGUCGAUUUUCAGCGUGUUCACGUACAAUGGUUCAAAGGGAGGGGGGAGAUGCCGCUUUGCUGCGCGGCUUGUGUGCCAAGGAAAUGUGUUUUGCCUCUGAAUAUUUUAAGUUGCCAAUAAACUAUUCUUGUUGGCAGGUUAAUGGGAAUACAAAUGCUGGAGCCCAGCACUUAAUUAUAUUUAUGGGCAGAGUGAAAAAAGAAUCAUGCCUUAGACUGAUUUUUGACCUUUGAGACUUUUACCACAUAGAGAUGGUUAAAACCAUUUGCUGGUUUAGGAUCUUUGCGUACUAGAAAAAAAAUACAUAAAUCAACUGAAACACUCUGAAUGUUAUAUGCUACGUGAUGCUAUGUGUUUUGGCAGUAAGAUAAAAAGGGUUGGGGGCUUUUCAAAGGUGACUUUGUCAGGUAAUAAAACUACUGGAUUCUUCUUCCUCAAAUAUUUGGAGCUAACACCUCACAGAGGGUUGUGAUCAUGAUCUGACCAACUGAGCGUUUAAAAAGUCAACUGUUGCCACCUAUAAUCACACAUGAUUGUGUAGCCAGGGCGUUUCUAAGUCCUCCAGAAGUGACAGGUGGCCGAGAUCAGAAUGAUGCUGGUGGCCGGUUGGUAGCAUCUGGAGCGGUGUUCCCCAGCGGGCUGUGAAGUGGGGCAGGCCUCCCCCAAGGGCCUGCGCGCAGAGCCCGCCGAUGCCCCGGGAGCCUUCUGCAACCCCACGGGGCCGCGGGCCGCAGAGCUCGGGUCAGAGCUGUGCUGAGCGGUUCCCAGUUUGGUUCGGUCGUGACGCCUGUGCCCGACAGUUCUUCAGCCCACCCUCUGCCAGGUGCUCAGUCACCAGUAUUCACGAUGAAGUUCAACUACAGCAGUAAUUUUUCAUAUAUAUCUCUAAAACAUUUUGUUAUAUUGAAAAACAACUCUUAAAGAGAGUGAUAGAAAUCAAGAGGAGUUCAUGAAGUAAAAUCUCUGAGCGUAAACAAAUGCAGCGAGAUGGUCUUCGUUCACAGCUGUCUCGGAUCCGGGCAUGGGGCAGAAUGGAAACUUCGUUCUGCGCUCUCUGACUAACGUCGCUAAACCCUCUUGGCGAGGCAGGAGCUACCAGCCAAUCGCUCUUAAUCA